AUUUCAACUUAGUUUGGAAUUUAAGAUUGCAUUCAGUCUUCCUAUGGAAAACGAGGAUGCAAAACAAUCAUCAAAGAGGGUACCUUUCACCCAACUCGAUCAAGUCAAUUCGGAUUUCGCUAUGGCGGUGGCAUUGCAAGAACAAGAAAGGGCAUUCUCGAUGCUCGAGAGCAUCGAAAGUGAGGACAGCGAAGAGUACAAUAGCGAGUCAUCCUAUGAGGAAGGCAAUGUUAAUGAUUACGAAUAUUUCGAAGGCCUCGAAGCCGGAGGUGACCUAGAGUUCCUUGAAGGCCAAGGUAGCAACGAUGAUGAAGAUAUGGAGGACGAUGACUUCGAAGAUGAUGAUGAUGAUGAUGAUGAUGAUGGGAUAGAUCCAGACGAUUUAUCUUACGAAGAGUUAAUUGCUUUAGGAGAGAUUAUAGGAGUGGAGAAAAGAGGACUAUCCCCAAACGAAAUUUCAUCGUGUUUGGUUCGAUGUAAUUUCCGAUCCGAUGAGUGUAAAACUGGGAUCGAUCGGUGCGUAAUUUGUCAAGUCGAAUACGAAGAAGAGGAAGGAGUAGUUGCUCUUCCGAAUUGUGAACAUCCAUAUCACUCGGAGUGCAUAACUAAAUGGCUUCAAGUUAAGAAGAUUUGCCCCAUUUGCAGCACUGAAAUUUCAUCCCCCAAGAAUUAAUGCUAGGACUGUUUAGAUCUUUUUAAAUACAUAUAUAUGAUUGGCUCUGCAAAUUCUUAUGAUUCAACAAUUCUAUUGUACAAUUCUAUUUCAUUGUGAAUAAAAUGGAAAAAAAAAUUUCAUGCA